CAUUACUUUACAGAGAUGUAUUUACGUCAGAUUUUCCGGAACCGUGGAUCCACUGUUUACUUUUUGCUUUGCUUGAAACUGGAAACUUUAGCAGAGCCAUCUUUGAAGCAUACACAAAAAUAUAUCGUUUCUCGGAACGACUGUAUUGAAGUAUUUAUAAUACAUAACACAAUGUUGGAAAUAUUUAUUUUCUCUAUAGCUUUGUGUAUUAUUGUACUAAUAACGAAACGGAUACUGCUGAGAUCGAAGUUACAAUCCCUGAAAAACAAACAUGUGGUGAUAACAGGUGGCUCCAGUGGUAUUGGAAAGUGUGUAGCUAUUGAAGCUGCAGCAAGUGGUGCCAAUGUUACCCUGAUAGCAAGAGAUGUCAAGAAGUUGGAAAGUGCAGUAUCAGAAGUGAAGAAACACUGUCUGAACCAUGAGGAUCAGAAAGUACAAUAUAUUUCAUUAGACGUAAGUGAAAAUUAUGAUGAAAUAGAGAAGGUACUUCAUGGUGCUGAAGAUGAAAUUGGUCCUAUAUCUAUGCUGGUGAAUUGUGCUGGAAUGGCAAUAUGUGGGAGGUUGGAAGAUACUUCUGUGAAUGAUAUUAAGUACUUACUGAAUUUGAAUUUCUUGGGGACAUUAUUUCCUAUCAAAGCUGUGAUAUCACGAAUGAAGGGAAGAGGUGAAGGUAGGAUCGUGAUUGUUGCAUCUCAGGCUGCUAUGUUGGGUAUAUAUGGCUACACAGUCUAUAGCAGUACUAAGUUUGCACUCCGCGGUCUUGCUGAAUCUCUGCAUAUGGAGGUCAAACCAUACAACAUAUCAGUCACACUGUCUCUACCACCAGACACUGACACUCCUGGAUUUGCUAAUGAGGAAAAGUCCAAGCCUAUGGAAACAAGACUAAUUUCUCAGUCUGCUGGGAUAGUUUCACCUGAAGUUGUAGCUAAACAGAUCAUGAAGGAUGCUUUAACAGGAAAUUUCUACAGCACGGUUGGUUCUGAGGGUUUCAUGCUUACAACUCUUUGUGCAGGAAUGGCUCCUGUUUCCUCCGUGCUUGAACUUAUUACUCAGGUUAGUUUAAUGGGAAUUAUGCGCUUGGUGAGUGUUCACUACUUGAUGUCAUUUCAUCGAAUCAUCCGCAAAUGUAUGAAGACGAGGAACCAAACAAAAAAAUCAGAAUGAAGAGAUUACGAGUCUUAAGCGAUCUAAGUGGUUUGUUGUUUUUUUCUGAAACACAAGAUUAUGUGACUGUGUCUGUACUUAGACUGGGGGGGAAAUAUAAAUCCAAAAUACGUGUCAUAAUUUAUGUACAGUGGAUUUGCAAGAUUUUCUUGACCAUAUAGCCUAUCAAAAAGUUCUGAGGCUGCUCAGAUACAUUGAACUAGGAUGAUAAUUGCUUUUUUCCAGGUCAUAAACAUAAAUCCAUCUGAAAUUUAUCACCAGUUAUGUUGUCACAAAGGGACUAUAGAUCUCAUAUGACACGGAUACGGAGACUGAGAUACGUUGCCAUGAAAUACUGGGCUUGGUCAUUAGCCAAUAAAGAUGCAACAAAUUUUGCUGUAUUUUACAAACCCAAAGUCAUCAGUAGUGAACAACUGACAUUAGCCAAAUAAUAUGUUGACUUCAUUGACAAACUCAUGAACUGUCAAAUGAUAUUUAAUGAGAACAGAUCUCACUAAACAAGUGACUGGUGCUGAUGGAGUACUGCAGAUUUUCAAGUCCAUUUUCUUGAUUUUAACUCAAAACUUUACUUGCGUUUUUAGCAUCAGCCAUUUCAAACUGACACACAACACUUAAAAAUGCAGCUGUACUGAUGUACGUAGGGCAGUCAAAAAGUUCCCAGAAUUGUGGUAUAGCACUGUAAUAGUAGGACAUAUGUCAAUGCUUACCUAAUCACCUUCAAAGUAGGACCCUUGCGCACACACACACACUUGAUCCAUCGAUCCUGCUAUUGUUGGAAGCACCGGCGGAAGGCUUUGUUUGGAAUCUUCCGGAGUUUGGCUGUCGCAUUCGACACAUUGCUGGUUGU